GACGCUGUGUACGCACACACCGGUGUUGUGCUAGAGUUUGACGUGGCACUUUCGGCACGCAAUUCAACAUCACCAGAGGAAAUACGCGCUUCAUCAAUUUCUUUCAGGUUACCUUUUGUUUGUGCCAGACUGGAAUGAAAGAGGUAUAACAGUAAGAUGAGUCAGCAAGGUUAUGUCGCCACCCCUCCAUACUCCCAGGCCCAGGCUGGAAUGGGGGGAUACGCUGCUGGUUUCGGGAACCCCCCACCUCAGUCUCAUUAUGGGGCCUAUGGAUCUCCAGCACAGGGUUAUUCAGCCCCUCCGACAGGUGUGCUUAAACCUCCUGCCUCCUCUCCUUCUGGGAUGCCUCCACCACCCGUAUCCAGCCAGUAUGGCACUAACAUUCAGCAGAACGGUGCCCAUCCACACAGUUUCCCUCCUCCAGUUUCUUCAUCUCCUUCCAUGUCUCCUUAUGGCCAGCCUCCUCCAAGUGCUUUUCAUAGUAUGGCACAAGCCCCGCCUCCAACUCAGCAGCUGACCAAUCAAAUGAGUGCCAUGAAUAUUGCAGGAUACGGUCAAAGGCCUGUGCAGUCUCCCUCAAACUCAGCACCACAACACUUUCAAACUUCACCACCUCCACCUGUGAUGGGGCAUCCACCGCUUUCUCCACCAGGACAGCAGCCGUCUCCUUUAGGAUCUCCUCAACCGAUGGCCACAAUGGGAUCUAUGCCAGCUCCAGCAAUGGGAAUGUCUGGCCCUCCUGGACCAGUAGGCCACCAGCCACAAGGAUAUCCACAGCAACCAGGGAGCCCGAUGGGUGGCCCGUAUGGUGCACAAAUGGCAGGACCACAGAUGGCAGGACCACAAACGGGCACUUUCCCAGGAGGCUUUCCUGGAGGACCAGCACAAAUGGCAGGCCCUCCUCAGAAGAAGCUGGAUCCGGACUCGAUUCCUAGCACGACGCAAAUGAUUGAGGAUGACCAGGCUAAAAGAGGAGGUCAGGUGUACGUCACAAACAUCAGAGGUCAGGUGCCUCCUCUGGUCACCACAAAUUUCACUGUACAGGACCAAGGGAAUGCCAGCCCGAGGUUCAUGCGAUGCACAACAUAUUCUUUCCCUUGCACUGCUGACCUUGCAAAGCAAUGCAAAGUGCCUUUGGCUGCCAUUAUCAAACCCUUCGCCACUGUGCCCAAAAAUGAGACUCCUCUGUACAUUGUAAAUCAUGGAGAGACUGGACCAAUCCGCUGCAACCGCUGCAAGGCCUACAUGUGUCCUUACAUGCAGUUUAUUGACGGAGGACGGCGCUUCCAGUGCAGCUUCUGCAGCUGCGUUAAUGAAGUUCCAGUGCAUUAUUUCCAGCAUCUGGACCAUAUGGGGAGAAGAAUGGAUCUGUAUGAGAGACCAGAACUGUCUUUGGGCUCGUAUGAGUUUUCCGCCACUUUGGAUUAUUGCAAGAAUAAUAAGCCUCCUAAUCCUCCUGCCUACAUCUUCAUGAUCGAUGUUUCUUACAACAACAUAAAAAGUGGACUUGUCAGACUAAUAUGCGAGGAGCUGAAGACACUGCUUGACCGACUUCCAAAAGAGGAAGGAGCAGAGAGUUCAUCCAUCAAGGUUGGUUUUGUGACCUAUAAUAAGAUCCUGCACUUCUACAAUGUGAAGAGCGCUCUGGCGCAGCCGCAGAUGAUGGUGGUCUCCGACACGGCAGAGAUGUUUGUGCCGCUUCUCGACGGCUUCCUCGUCAACUUUCAGGAGUCCCGCGCUGUCAUCAACAACCUUUUAGAUCAGAUCCCUGACAUGUUUGCUGACACCAAUGAGAGCGAGACCGUUUUCGCACCCGUCAUCCAAGCUGGAGUGGAGGCACUAAAGGCAGCUGAAUGCAGUGGCAAACUCUUCAUCUUCCACUCCUCCAUCCCAACAGCAGAGGCUCCAGGAAAACUGAAAAACAGAGAUGACAGAAAACUAGUGGGGACAGAAAAGGAGAAGACUCUGUUCCAGCCUCAGCGGGGUGUGUAUGAGCAGCUCACUAAAGACUGCGUGGCUCAGGGUUGUUGUGUCGAUCUCUUCUUGUUCCCCAAUCAGUAUGUGGAUAUCGCCACCAUAGGGGACGUGCCCUCACACACCGGCGGCUCAAUCUACAAGUACAGCAACUUCCAGGUUGAGGUUAAUGGCCAGCAAUUUCUCAGUGACCUUAGGAGAGAUGUAGAGAAAUCCAUUGGAUUUGAUGCCAUUAUGCGUGUGCGUACUGGCACAGGCUUCAGGGCGACAGAUUUCUUCGGUGCUGUGUACAUGAACAACACCACAGAUGUGGAGAUGGCAGCAGUGGACUGUGAUAAGGCUGUGACGGUCGAGUUUAAACAUGACGACACACUCAGUGAGGAGUCUGGAGCGGUAAUGCAGUGUGCUUUGCUCUACACCACUAUCGGUGGACAGAGACGUCUGCGAAUCCACAACCUGAGUCUGAACUGCAGCUCUCAGCUGUCUGAGCUCUACAAGAGCUGCGAGACUGACGCUCUCAUCAACUUCUUCGCCAAAUCAGCAUAUCGUGCGAUGCUCAACCAGCCGAUGAAGACGGUGAGGGAAAUCCUGGUCAACCAGACGGCUCACAUGCUGGCAUGUUACAGGAAAAACUGUGCCAGUCCAUCAGCAGUCAGCCAGCUGAUCCUGCCUGAUGCCAUGAAGGUGUUUCCGGUCUACAUGAACAGUCUGCUGAAGACUCCGGCUCUGGUGGGCAGCACUGAGCUCUCCACCGAUGACAGGGCCUUUCACAGAUUCAUGGUCAACGCUAUGGGUGUGGAGGAAACACAGGUCCUGCUGUACCCGCGCCUCAUCCCGCUGCACAAUAUGGAUGUGUCAAGCGAAUCUCUUCCGGCUGCGGUGCGCUGCUCAGAGGAGAGACUCAGUGAGUCCGGGAUGUUCCUGCUGGAAAACGGUCUCUCUAUGUUCCUGUGGCUGGGACAGGCCUGUUCACCAGACCUCAUCCAGAAUCUCUUCAAUGUGCCCUCCUUUGGUCAUCUGCCCACAGAAGGGCAGACGUCAUUACCUGUGCUGGAUAACUCUCAUUCCCGCAAACUCCAUUCAAUCAUCUCCAGAAUCUCACAGCAGAGAGCAGCAUCCAUGAAGCUGCUGAUCGUGAAGCAGAAGGAUCGAGCAGAGAUGUUGUUUCGUCAGCUGCUAGUGGAGGAUAAAGGUCUUCACGGAGGAGCUUCUUACAUGGACUUUCUGUGCUAUGUCCACCGCGAGAUCCGACAGCUGCUCACUUAAACUCUCUCACAGGUAUAACCUCUCCAGCUGCCUAUGAGAAACCACCAAACUGUCUGCUUUAUUCCUCACGAUGGAGGCUAGCAAAUGGGCUUUAGAUUGAACAGCCGCAUCUCCGUCUUCUGAGGAGCCAUUAUUUUUGAGAGAUGAUCUCAAUCCAAAUCAUGUCCCCCAGAUUUCGUUUACCAUUUAAGGGAAAUGUUUCUUUGACUCCUUCAGUGCACAGCCAAAUGGCCUCAUAAUAUCUGGAUUUGAGUGGAAAACUCAAAGUGCCGUGUGCUUUGAGUGGAACUAUAAAGUACUUUUUUUUUUGUAUGACUUCAGGGAUGAAAUCAUCACACCAAACUGAAAUUUAGUCAAGUACGAAUCUUUUUUUGUAAUAAUUUUAUUUUAUGCGUCAUACAUUUACAUUUUUGUUUGUAUGUUUUCAAUUAUGCAAAAUGUGUAAAGGGACGCCCACUGUUUUGCAACAUUUGCCUUUCGUUUAGUCGAAAUUUUAACUGUUAAACAUAAAAAAAACAAACUGUUGGGUAAAAGUGGAACGUCCCUUUAAUGUCGGUCAUAUUCAUUUCAUACAAGUCUGCUUAUUGAAACAUUUCCAGCCCGGUGUUGGGAUGUUUUAUAAACCAAGCAAUCAUUAUACAAAAUUAUCCUUUUUUUUUUGCUGACUUUUGAUGCUACGUCUUUGGACCAAUACUGUAUAUUUUCUUUACAGUUUGAGAUGGAGUUUUAGACUCAAAUGCUAUUAUACCUCAGGUCGCAUUCAUCUAGCCUUUCUACCUGCUCCUUGCUAGCUAACAAAAAUGUAAACGAAAUGUCAUUUCAGAAUGAUGCGUUGCAGAAAUGUUAUAUCAACAUUGAGGGAACGUUACAUUCAAUCAGUUAGCAAACCUCGCAUUUGAAUGUUCUGUAAACAUAAUGACAAAAGUCCAUCCAGCAUUUUGGGAACAUUAGUAAAAACCAGUCAACUUGGAAGAUUCGUUUGAUUUUGCUGGAGGAGCGUUUGUAUGUAACGUUGAGAGAGCCUUGCCAAAACGUUAAGACGUUGUUUGCUGUAUUAGUGCUUCAGAAUGGUUCUUCAUAAAGAGUUGUUUUUGAUGGCAGUCUGUCGUGUACAUUUCCGUUUAAAGGCUUUAUACAGCUGUUUUUAAUAAAUAUGUAGUCCCUGUUAA